AACGAGAGAUCGUGAGUUUAUCGAAACUUAUCCAGCACAUACCUUGCCAAACUCCUGCCGAUCAAGCCAAGAUGACGUCUCACGUCAACGUCCUCCUCUCGUCCUUCCCAGGACUUUCGCUUCCCUCAACAGUCUCAUUCUCGCUCCCAUCGACAUCAACUCUCUCAGAUCUAUGCGAAAAGGUCUCCUCAUAUAUCCCUCCGGCCGUACCACUCCAGUCUCUCAUUCUGACAACAACCAAUAACAAACAACUCCUCCCAUCAUCCCGCACCGUCUCCGACCUCAUCUCACCAAAUGGCGACUUCACAGCCACCUCAAACCUCCUCCCUCUCCGCCUUAGUGUUCCUAUGUGCGGAGGGAAAGGUGGUUUCGGUUCCCAACUCCGUGCCGCUGGUGGGCGCAUGUCAAGCAGACGCAAGCGCAACCAGGGCGACGACAACGGCUCCAGCCGUAACCUCGAUGGUCGACGUAUUCGCACAGUAAACGAGGCCAAGGCGCUGGCGGAGUAUCUAGCUGUGAAGCCUGAGAUGGACAAGAAGGAGAAGGAGGAACGCCGACGGAGGUGGGAGGCUGUUGUGGAUGCCGCGGAGAAGCGCCAGGAAGAGAUCAAAAACGGUGGUGGAAAGCAGAAGGUUGACGGUCAAUGGAUGGAGGAUAGAGACGAAAUGAACGAGAAGGCUCGGGAGGCGGUUCUUGCUGCUAUGAAGGAAGGUGUCUGGACGGAUAACCUGAAGGAUUCUCUUUUGGGCGGUUCGAGUACAAGUGCCAGUGAGGGAAGUGGACAAGAAAGUGGUUCUGCUUCGGAGGAGAGCGAUGAUGAAACUGAGAUGAAAGACGCACCCGCGCAGUCUGGUCCAUCGAAGGUUGCUGCUGCACCGAGGAGGUAUAUCGGGUUUGACGAGGAUGACGAAUUUAUGAGUGAUUCGGAAGAAGAAGAGGAGACGAUUGAAUUUCCCGUCGCAAAUCUUUCUUUUCUCUCGCUCUUCGAUUUCAUGAUCACCAUGUCGUCGUCUCUGAGGAGACUAACUCCGAGGGCUCUUACUCCCGCGUGGAAACUCCCACGCUCAUAUCAACAGCCUGGGCGUUUCUUCCGCGCUCAACCUGCUCCAACCCGCUUCUUGCGGCAGUCCGGCCUAGAUUUCACCACGCCAUUGUCGAAGAAUCAAUUACGAAACUCAUCUACCGACGCCUCCGAAGUUGCGAAAUCGCCAGAAAGUCUCAAAGCCGUUCUGCCAACAUGCUGUCCGGGUUGUGGUGCGUACGCGCAAACCGUUGAGCCGAGCGAGCCAGGAUACUAUGGCAAAACCAGAAAACAAACGAAAAAGAAGCCCCGUAAAGCGCAAAACCAAACGCCAAAAGAGCCUACAUGGGAAGAAGCAGCCAAUGCCUUGGAUGAAGCGACUGAGGAAAUUGAGAGUGCUCCUAAACCACUCCAUGGCGCGCUUAUCGAUAGUGCAGCGGACACAGCCGGUCAGUACCUGAUGAAAUCGAAAACGCAGGUUCAGGUCUGCGACAGAUGUCACGAUCUUCUACACCAUAACGAGGCGGUAUCCGCCAUCUCGCCUACGAUACACUCCAUUAGCGCAUACCUUGACGAAUCACCAUAUAAGCAUAACCGGAUCUACCAUAUAAUCGAUGCGGCGGACUUCCCCAUGUCACUUGUGGAUGGUAUAUACGAAGACCUUUCCAUUCAGGGACAACGCUCGCGGAAUCGACGAUCCGCGACGGAGAAAUACAAGCAUGGGAGGAAGUUACCAACGAUAUCGUUCGUGAUAACGCGCUCGGAUCUUCUAGCACCUACCAGCCAACAAACCGAUUCCAAGAUGCAGUACAUUCGGUCAAUCCUCCGUGAAAAGCUGAAGAUUCCAGAGGAUGUCCGCCUGGGCAAUGUACAUAUGAUUAGCGCCCACCGAGGUUGGUGGACAAAGCAAGUAAAAGAGGAGAUGGAGGAGCAUGGAGGCGGCAUAUGGAUUGUGGGAAAGAUUAACGCUGGAAAGAGUAGCUUUGUCGAAGCCUGUAUUCCAAGGGACUCACGGAACCUCGAAAAGAUGGCGGAACUCGUUGCACGCCGAGCUGCUGAAGAGUCAGCUCCGCGUGAUCCGUCAAAGCAACCUGACCUAGAUCCCGACAGCCUUCUCCCACCCAAGCCGAGAGAGGAUCUCUAUCCUGUUCUUCCAGUCGUCUCAUCUCUUCCGGGCACAACGGUCUCACCAAUUCGGAUCCCAUUCGGCCGCGGCAGAGGCGAAGUCAUUGAUCUCCCCGGGCUUGACCGUGGUAGCCUAGAUAAUCAUGUGCAGGACAAAUACAAGCGCGACCUUAUCAUGACCAAACGGCAAAAGCCCGAACGACACAGCAUCAAACCUGGGCAGUCUUUGGUUCUCGGAGGCACUCUUGUGCGCAUCACUCCUACAGACCCUCAAACCAUAGUGACCGCCGCUUGCUUUGUUCCGCUUGACUCUCACCUGACGAGGACUGAUAAGGCAGUAAAGAUUCAAGCCGGAGAACUCACACCCCGCACAGAAGACAUUGCCAAACCGGGAACAGGGGAAACAAUAUCUCUUGCAGGGGUCUUCGAUCUAAAGUGGGACGUGACCCGAUCCAAUCUUCCAAAAUCCAUAGCAAAAGUCAUGAAAGAUAAAGGAUCUGCACCUGCCUUCAUACCAUACAGGGUGAUGUCUGCUGAUAUUCUAAUCGAAGGAUGCGGUUGGAUCGAAUUGACUGCGCAGAUCCGUGCAAAGCCAUCAGAGAACAGGGGUGAACUUGCAAAUUCGUUCCCACAGGUUGAAGUGUUCACGCCUGAAGGGAAGCACGUUGCAUCACGGCGACCCUUCGAGUGCUGGAAGUUUGUCGAGCAGAAACUGAACACUGAGAGACAAAACCUUCGUCAUCGUCGGAGUAUUGGUUGGGUGAAGCGGACUGGAUAUUUGAGGCGGAAGCGUCUGGACCCAUUCCGAAAUAUUACCUGAUCAUAUUCGAUUGUCUAUACAUCCCCCCCUCAUUUUUGUAUAAUACUGCCUAGGUGUACUAUAUAGCAUAGCGAAUGGUGUUUGGGAUAUAGAGUUGGGCCUUAUAAGAGUGUAUACUAUCAGAGCGAGCGGCAGAAGUUAGAAUUAAAAGAAAAAGUGCGGGAGAAUCAAGUCCCGGGCCACAUCGGAGCGAGUAAGGAGGCCAGGCGCUUCAACAUCACUCAUUCUGCAGCCAAUGGGCCGUUACCGGAGAAUACGGUGUGUGUAGGAUAG